AUGUUUUAAUUAAAUUUAUUAUUAAUAAUUUUAGAAAAAUAUAAAAUUUUAUAAUGUUUAUAUUAACAUUAAAAUAAAAGAAAAACCAGAGUGUGAAAUUUUUCUAAAAAAAUGCCGUUUGUUCAACGUGUGGUGCAACCGGUAAAUCUUGCACAAGUUUGUGUCUCGGCAACGGGAGGCAAUAGAACCACCAAGUUUCUAUGCAUACCCGGCAAAUGUAAAAACAACAAUUGUAUCAACAAUAAACAACUACCACCAUCGGCCUCCAAUCCACAGUUGAGAGAAGAAUCUCUUAAUGGCGGAGAGCAAAAACAUAAACAAGCUCAGGAAGACAUAUUGCUUUCAUCAAGGACAUUAAACAACAAUAACAACAGUAGCAAUGUCAAGGACAACAGUGGCUUAAAAUCACCAUCUUCGACAUCAACCUCAUCCUCUUCAACCACUACCAUAACCACGGCCAUCAUACACAAUUCAAAUGGUUUGGAUUUAAGCUCCACGGAUAACACAGAUCAUUCAGUUACCAUUGUUCCCCAUUCCAAUGGGUUUGCCUCGAGUUUUUCCUACAACACCGAUCAUGAAGAUGAUGGUGUUAUUACACCCGUCUCACCGGCACCCGCCAUGCCCAUGAAAAAACUUAAACAACAUGUGGAAUUUCUAUCAACCGUUCCCUCACCUACCCGUUCGCAUACUUCGCGGCCCUCAACAGCCAGCGGUACUGCUGCGAUACGUUCCUCGUCGCAUCAGCGUUUACGUUCACCGCAAACACCACAAACGCCAACUUCUGCCAAAAUUGUGGCCGGCUAUGAAUUUGAUUCAAUUAGUAAUAUUACUUUAAGUAACGCCUUAAGGCAGUUGGCCUCGUUGGUUCUGAUAGCCAGCGAUAUAUUUGACGAUUUGCAGCGGGAAUUACAGACGGUGGGCGAUAGGGCGCGAGUGGUGCAAAAGAAAAUCGUCGCAGUGGAGAGGCGUGUUAGUGCGUACGAUCCUAAAACGGUCACAGUUCCGGAAAGCGACCUUUUAACAUUCGCACAGCGUAAACAACAUUAUGACUGUGACAAGUCAUAUAUAAAGGAACUCUUUACUGCCGAUACCCGACCACGUAGUGUACGUGCUCUUUAUGAAGAUGCCGGUAAAGUGACACCACCUCCAACAACCUCAACGUCUACGGCACAGUCAUCGGCGGCUGGCUCCCCCAUACAAUUUGCAUCCGGUCAUGUUUUAGGUGAUGGCAGCAGUAGUAACGAUGGCAUGCUCGAUAUGACCAAUGCUGGUGGCAUAAAUCAUCAUCAUCAUCUGGCUGCUGGCAGCGAUGAUCUGUUGUUGUGCUCAUCGGCAUUCGGUGUAAAUACAAAUCGUCAGAUGUGUAAACGUAUAGAUGCUGAAAUCGAAAUAAGAUUGCCCGCCGCCAUUGAAGAUUUACGCAAAUGGACCUCUUCGGAGGCCCUGGGUGAUGUAACCGUUACACCCGAUUGUAUGCACCAUGUCGAUACUUCGAUCAGUACCUCGGUGUGUAUUGGCGAUAAUGGAAUUUUAACACCAGCCCUUUCUCCGUCCGUUCUAUCAGCUGAUGCUGUAGAUGCAUUAUAUUCCAUUAAUGUUAGUAACACUAUAGAUAACAGUCAAAUUCCUAAUGAUAUCAAUAAAGAUGUGCCUUUAAAUCAUCGACUGCCCUCACCCGAAGAACAAUGUAAAAUUAUAGCAUUAAGAUAUCCUGCCGAAGUCAUAUCUGUUGAUACAUCUGGUAAACGCUUUCAACGCAUGUGCAUGGCUCGCAAAUCAACCACUGGUGUCUUUACCCAUAUGCCCGAUACGAACAAUCUAAACGAGGAUGUGCAAACUGUCUCAAGACGUUCAAGAUCGCGAAAGGCACGCGGUAAACGAAGAAACACUAUAGCGGGCAUAGAUCAAAAGGAAAUACAAGAUGCAGCAAAUGGCGAUUCGACGGCUACUAGUGGCGAGCUUAAAAAUGCUUUAGCUUCGGCUGAAGAUGGAAAUGGGGAUGAACGCAGUCGCUUGGGAACAACAUCUAAGAAAUUUGGUCGCAGCAAGUCGAGCGAUAUAUUAAAAAAAGAAUCUGUUGCCUUGCCAUAUGAUAAGGGAAAGAAUACGCUGACCCGUCUCAACUCACUCAAACAAUGGGGCCGCAAUCGUUUCAAGUUCAUGCAAAGAAAUAAUGGAGAGUUAACGCAGCAACAUACUUCCACACUAUCCACCAUUGAUAGCAGUGGUUGCAGUAACGAUUUAAAUACUUCGGGUACAAGUUCUCAUAAUUCUUCAACGGAGAAAGCAGAAGUAUGUUCAGCUUCCGGUUCGGCUAGUGGAUUGUCGAAUAAGACCUCGUCCACAGCCAAGAUAGGUGAGAAAUCGGGUACAGAUGUCGAUGAGGAUUGUCGGGUACAUGAUAUGAUAACACAACGCACGAACGAAAGUCGGUUUUCGCAUGAACGAAAACCUUCGUAUUCGUCGUCCGAGAAAUCGAUGAGUGUUAGCAGUUCGGGCCACUUGAGAGGAAAACUUCACUUGAAUUCGGUAUGUGCGAAUGUAAAGCUGAGAGAUACUUCUUCUUUGAAUCGCCAGAGGCGCAUUAAUGGUUUGGGCAGCAAAGAUGACCAACCCCAUUCGAGCAGUGGCAAUUGGAGUGCCAGCUCUGAGUCCGGUCGCGCCUCCAUAGGUAGUGAGAUAACAUUACAGCCCAAAUCGAGUGCUUCGAAUACUUCUUUAAAUGUGUCGAGUUUUCAUAAUGGUUCGGCGCCACCUUCCUCCAUGUUAAGUCGCAGAAGAUUCUUCAAUACAUCCGCUUCUUCAAGUGUAACAAGUGAGGGAACUGCUACUCCGGAUUUGCAAAUAAAUGCCAACAACAUGGAAGGCACCUAUCCCAAUCAUUUGGACGAUGAAACCAGCUCGGCAUAUUCCUGCGAUACCGAGGGCUAUUACACCUCCUUCCACAUGGACAGUGGUCUGAGAACAUUGAAAGAAGAGGAAUUUAAUAUGAGCAAUUUCCAGAUUGGAGGUCAGCCCUUUAACGCUUCAUUUGGCCAAUCACAAUUAUCCUAUAACAAUAAUUCGCAACAAACCUUAAUGGCCGAAAAUGAAUAUGAAUUAUUUGGUAGAGGUUCUACCUCAACCACCACCAGUUCAGCUGGCACAGUUUGCACCACCUUAAUGGCUCACAAUAGUGGUGCAGAACAGUCCAGCCUCAACAACAGCUUGGCCAGUUGUGGUCCCGAAGUUCCCGAACGUAUUAGUUCCCUUAGACACAGUACAGCCUCAACUUCCACACUCGAACGCAGUAUAUCAAGCAGUACUAUCGGCAGUACCUUAGAAAGAACCGGUACCAUUAAAAGAAAUGUCAAUGCUUCUCUUAAGCUGACGACUUGCUCUGAUGGAAUGAGUGAGGAUAUGCAAAAUAUAGAUACACCCGAAUCCCAAGAAGAAGAAUUCAACUAUAGCGAACAAAUGAAAAAGCGCCAGGCUUUACCUUUACCGCCCUCGACUUCAAAUGAAAUUGAAUAUUCGGAAAGUUCUGAUCUGGAGGGUGUGGAGCGUAUAGAACGCAUGAGACAGAAAACUGCCUUGAAUGCCAAACGUAUUCCUUCAAUGUGUAUAAUAACGCCCUCUACUAGUGACGAUGAGAAUCAAGCCCUUGAGGAGCAAGACAACUGCCAUGACGAUGAUGACGACGAAGAAGAUGAGCUUAAUAAGACGCUAACUGAAGACAGUUUCAAAGAUUUAACAGACAUCGAAGAAGAUGAAAAACGUUCUUUACAGGAAGUCGACAAUAAUUUGAAUCAUGUUAAAGCUUCUGUUAACAUGUCGCUAAUGAACAAACUUAAAGUUGUUUUGCCCAACAUUAGGAAAUCGCCUUCAAAAGCUUUAGCUUCUCGAGAGCUUACUGUUAUCAACGACGAUGAGCUUUAUGAUAUGGCAGGUGAAUAUGUCUACAUUUCGGCUGAUGUUAGCAAUAAUAAUAAGAAAGCUUUACAAUCUGUUCACAACAUGCCAAAAGCUUCUGCCAACACUGGCCUGGGUAUUUAUUACUCCAACAAUGUGUUGAAUAGAUUGCCAAAACCUACAGAGUACGUUUCAUUGAAUGAGUUGCCAAGAAACAUACAAAAAGCUUAUGCUAAGGAAUCUCAGAUGGUGAGUAGUAAAAGUGAGAAGGGUAGUUUUAACAGAGAGACACAAUUGCAAGAACAAAGAAACAAACAGGGCGCAGAAUCGCAAUUUAUUGAGGAAACAAAACAAAACAAUUUGCCAACAAUGACAAACGCCGCAACAACAACAAGAGCGGCAGCAGCGACCAUACCCAUGUAUGCUGAAAUAAAUGAAUUGCGUUCCGAAAUUGCAGCAUCUGCUUCAACACAUGCUCUCAGUUAUUUGCAAAACACACCACCAUCGUCUGCAGCCUCUUCGCCGCACGUUUCACCCCAUAAAGGAGCGAGAGUUCGUUUGAAUGCACAAGGCAAACCAAUCUAUGAUUCCGAUAGUUUGAAACGACGUAAAGGCGCGCACACAACAUUCGCACCGGGUCCGUAUGUUAAACGGCAACAAGACACCGUAGACAACAUCGACUACGACCACGACUAUAAGGAAGUAGAAAACGAAAGUAUCGAUACUACAGUACGCAAUACGACAAGUGAAAGUGUUAAUCCAGCCGCAAAAUUACUUUUACUCAACAAAAGCAAUGCAAAUCCACGAAAAAUUGCCAAUGUCCGGCCCAUAAUAAAUAAAUCGCAUCUCCAAAGACCACUGCCCUCUACACCGGUAGAACUGCAACUGCAACAGCAACUACAGCAACAAAACACUGCCAACGAAAUGUCCGGUUUUUACAUGACUUCCCAAUAUGCGGUCUACAACAAAGACACUGGCAACAGCACCUCCAGUGCCAACAAUACCAAACACUUAUUGGCCAAUGGCACUAAUCCCCAUUUCCAUCAACAGUCUAUGCAUUCACCAUCAACUAAAUCGACUGCUUCAAGUACUGGCUCCACCAUAUCAUCAACGACAUCCUCAUCAUUAUCAUCAUCCACAACAACCACUACACAAAGUGGCUCAUCCAAAGAUGACGAAGGCUAUCAACAUUUAUAUAAAACUAAUGAUGAAGUGGAUUCUUAUUAUGAGACUCUAAGUCAAAAGCCCUUGGACAAUACGGGCUUUCCACGUAAUACACCAGUUUAUUGGACUUUGCAAAAUCGUAGGCCGGUUAAGCCACAGCCACAAUCGGUAACAAGUCGUGAUGAUUUGUAUGCUACACCCAUUAAACGGUCCGAAAGAUUGGCUCGUGCCCAACAGCAGCAGCAACAGUUGCAAGAACAACAACAUCAGCAACAUGUCAUAAUUAAUAAAGCUACUUCAUCUAGCUCGCUUAAUACCACAUCAAGUCUCUCGCCCGUAGUACAACGCAAUCGUACGGCAUUUUUGUGCUCUACUCCUCUGAGUAGAGCAGGAGCUAAUAGUGAUUCUCAAUUACCGGCUGAUAAUAUACCAGCCAAGCAGCGUCUACGCAAUUGGGAUGAUAACUCUCCCGAUCGUUUGAAUACUUGUGCCGAUCGCAUUGGCCAAAGUAAGACCAGUCUAAUGGACUUUAAAAGAUUACUGUUGGCCAAAUCGGUCAAGACUAGCACUGUGCCCAAAAAAAUAUCAGCCGUGGAAUUGUUAAAGAAAACCAAUAACGGCCUACAGUCGCCCACUAAAACGGCCGCCAGCAACCCACAAAGCAGCAGCAGCAACAGCAAUACAAAUGGUUCGUCGUCUGCCACACAAUUGAAUUCUAGCAUGAAAUUAUUAGAUCUAAGUGGUUCGCCAAAAACAUUUGCCAAUCGUAGAAUGCUAAGACAAGGACAAUUUGGUUCACCUUCCAAGACGUUUGUGCCCAAAAUGAAAUCAUCGCCAGCCAACAAUUGGCGUUCGAAUUCGGUGCAACGCACAGACAUCAUGUCCACUACCAUACCAGAGGCCAACAGCGAAGAAGAUCAUUCUGGCAAUUCUUCUUUAAACACCUCCACAAAUUCUUCCACACCAUCUUCCCAGGACAAAAACGCUUCCCAUGAAAGUCUCGUCGAUACGGACAGUUUAAAUUUAAAACGCAACAUUUUCUUGCAAACCGAAGAGAAUAAUUUUAUGCGCGGUGAAUUGCGAUCAAGUUUUACGCGUUCCAAAGCCGACAGCAAUAAAUAUGUAACAGGUCCCAUGUCACCUUUGCGCAAUUCACCCCAGGUUUCGCCCAUGUUAGCAACGGUGUCGGCCUCAAUCUCAACUACAACCACUGCCCCAGUAGCAGCAGCAACAGCAGCGGCCACAGCAGCUUCUAUAUCUAAUAUGCCAGCUUUAGAAACCGCAUUGUAAAUUAUUUGAAAUUUCGUAAAUUCGAAAUAUCUUAUAAGCCAGUAAACAUAUUUAUAGCAUUUAUAUUAAAAGUUUAAACAAAAAUUCUAAUACGGUCAAGCAGAAAUUUCAAAAUUAAGACAACAAUUAUAAAUUAAAG